CUUAAAACCCUUCACUUCUAAUUAAAGUGUUUUCUGAAUUCCAGAAAGUCACAUCACAUCAGAGGGAAAAUAAAAGUCGAACCAUCCAGUGAGAGGCAGAGAAGUAACAAACCACUGCAACCGACACUGAGGGGGAAAAAGAUAAGGUGACACCCUGGACAUGGCCUCAGACAUCCACAUGCCAGGCCCGGUGUGCCUCAUUGAGAACACUAACACGCAACUAGUGGUUAAUCCAGAAGCUUUGAAGAUCCUGUCUGCCAUUACACAGCCUGUUGUGGUGGUGGCCAUUGUGGGUCUCUACCGCACAGGCAAAUCCUACCUGAUGAACAAGCUGGCAGGGCAGCAAAAAGGCUUCUCUCUGGGCUCCACGGUUCAGUCUCACACCAAAGGCAUCUGGAUGUGGUGUGUGCCUCACCCUAAGAAGCCAAACCACACCCUAGUUCUACUUGACACUGAGGGGCUGGGAGAUGUAGAGAAGGGUGACAACCAAAAUGACUCCUGGAUCUUUGCCCUGGCAAUACUGCUGAGCAGCACCUUUGUGUACAAUAGCAUGGGGACCAUAAACCAGCAGGCCAUGGACCAACUGCACUAUGUGACAGAGCUGACAGAUAAAAUAAGGGCAAAAUCUUCACCUGAUGCAAAUGAGGUUGAGGAUUCAGCUGACUUUGUGAGCUUCUUUCCAGAUUUUGUGUGGACACUGAGGGAUUUUUCCCUAGAAUUGGAAGCAGAUGGGCAACCCAUCUCAGCAGACGAGUACCUGCAGAAUUCACUCAAACUCAAGCAAGGUACCAGUCCCAAAGAUAAAAAUUUUAACCUGCCCCGACUUUGUAUCCGAAAGUUCUUCCCAAAAACGAAAUGCUUUAUCUUUGAUCGCCCCACUCAUCGGAAGAAGCUAGGCCAACUGGAGACAAUGCAUGAUGAUCAGCUGGACCCCGAAUUUGUGCAACAAGCUGCUGACUUCUGUUCCUACAUCUUUAGCAAUUCCAAAGUCAAAACUCUUUCAGGAGGCAUCCAAGUCAAUGGACCCCGGCUGGAGAGUCUGGUGCUGACCUAUAUCAAUGCCAUCAGCAGUGGGGACCUGCCCUGCAUGGAGAAUGCCAUCCUGGCCUUGGCCCAGAUAGAGAACUCGGCUGCAGUGAAAAAGGCCAUUGCCCACUAUGACCAGCAGAUGGCCGAGAAGGUUGAACUGCCCACAGAAACCCUCCAAGAGCUCCUGGACCUGCACAUGGCCAGUGAGAAAGAGGCCAUUGAAGUCUUCAUGAAGAAUUCCUUCAAGGAUGUAGACCAUUUAUUUCAAAAGGAAUUAGCGGCCCACCUAGAAAAAAGGCGAGAUGACUUUUAUAAAGAGAAUAUGAAAGCAUCAUCGGAUCGCUGCUCAGCUUUACUUAAGGAUAUCUUCCACUCUUUAGAAGAAGAUAUAAAGCAGGGGGUUUAUUCUAAAUCAGGAGGAUAUCGUCUCUUAAUGCAGACUGUGCAGGAGCUGAAGAAAAAGUAUCUUGAGGCACCAAAGAAGGGAAUACAGAGUGAAGAAGUUCUUCACGCAUACCUGAGCUCCAAGCAGUCUGUGAUUGAUGCAAUUCUACAGACAGACCAGAAUCUCACAGAAAAGGAAAAGGAGAUCGAAGUGCAACGUGUGAAAGCUGAAUCUGCAGAGGCUGCAGCAAAAAUGCUGGAGGAGAUGCAGAAGAAGAAUCAGCAGAUGAUGGAGGAGAAAGAAAGGAGUUAUCAGGAACAUGUGAAACAAUUGACUGAGAAGAUGGAGCAGGAGAGGGCCGAGUUAAAGGCAGAGCAAGAGAGGGUUCUGGCUCUUAAACUUCAGGAACAGGCCUUGUUACUAAAGGAAGGAUUCCAAAAUGAGAGCAGACAACUUCAGAGAGAAAUAGAGAGUCUCAAGAAUAACAUGGCAAGACGCAGAAACAAAUGUAUCAUAAGCUAAAGAACGAAGUAAAAGAGAUUCCCUGGUCACUCUACCCAAGGCAUAACUCAAGCAGUUUUAGAAACUUGAAAAAUGUCACAACUUGAGAAAACAUGACCCUCUUUAAGCUGAUAAAAGAAAUCUACAAAAAACCCUUCACCUGACAUACUUAAUGAUGAAAAACAAAAUGCUUUGGUCCUAACAUAGGAAUAAAGCAAGGAUGUGCAGUCUCUCCUCUCCAGUUAAACAGUAUAAUGAAAGGCCUCCUAUAAUAAUGGAAAGAAAGGAAAGGAAGGAAGGAAGGAAGGAAGGAAGGAAGGAAGGAAGGAAGGAAGGAAGGAAGGAAGGGAGGAAGGGAAAGGAAGGGAGGGAGAAAGAAGUAAAGAAAAGGAAAGGAAGGAAAAAAGGAUCAGAAAGGGUAAAAUAAAACUGCCUUUAUUCUUACACACUUUGAUUAUCCACAUAGAAAAAUCCCAGGGAAUCAACACAAAAAAGGAAAAAACAGCAACAACAAAACUCUUGGCACAAAUAUGUGAGUUUAACAAGGUUGUAAGAUUCAAGGUCAAUACACAAAAAUCCACUUUCAACUGUAUUUUUAUAUAAAAGCAAUGGACUAUUGGAAACCAAAAAUUAAAGAACAAUACCACUUACAAUAGCUGUUUUUUGAAAAUGGGAUACUUAGGUCGAAAUAUAACUAAACACACACAUAAUCUUCUAUCUUCAUUCUAAGACCAAAAGAUUAUGGGGUCGAUCAUGAUGUAUGAAUUUCCUUAGAUUCCAACUCCCUUGUAGUUUUUACAAUGUUGCUUUUACUCAUUGUAGAGAAAAAGAUUCAAGACCCUUAUUUUUAGAGUUAUCCCUGACAAAAGCAUGUGCCUAGUAUUUGUUAAGUUUCGCUGAGCAUUAAAAAUAUGUCAACUGUGGGGGGAGGGAGGGCAAAAGGGUAUGGGGGGUAUCAGAAAAAAGGGGGAUAGCUGUAAUACUAUCAACAAUA